GGAUAUGUCUUCAUCAGUGCGACUCUUCAGAGACCAGAAAUACAAGGAGCUGAAAGGGCAGUGUAUCGAGCAUGGACGACUCUUUGAAGAUCCUGACUUUCCAGCCUCGGACGAGUCCCUUUUUUAUACGACGGCCCCACCAAGGAAAGUUGAAUGGAAGCGCCCAAAGGAGCUCUGUGAAGAUCCUCGCCUGUUUGUGAACGGAAUCAGCUCCCAUGACUUGCACCAAGGCAUACUGGGCAACUGCUGGUUUGUGGCCGCGUGCUCCUGCUUGGCUCUGCAGGAGACCCUCUGGCAGAAGGUUAUUCCAGACUUUAAAGAACAAGAAUGGGACCCUAAAAAAACAGAGAAAUAUGCUGGGAUUUUCCGGUUCCGGUUCUGGUGUUUUGGAGAAUGGACAGAGGUGGUUGUUGAUGAUCUGCUGCCAACAGUGGAUGGGAAGUUGAUCUAUUGCCACUCCAAUGUGAAAAACGAAUUCUGGAGCGCGCUGUUGGAGAAAGCUUAUGCAAAGAUGGCUGGAUCUUACGAAGCUCUGGAUGGAGGCAGCGCUGCAGAUGCAAUUGUGGAUUUCACUGGAGCAGUGGCAGAAUCUGUUGAUCUGAUAAAGGGCAAAUACAAAGAGACUAUUUCUGAACAGAUGAAGCUGUUUGAAGAGUUGCUGAAAGUACAUAAAAGAGGCGGGUUGAUCAGCUGUUCCAUCGCGGCUUCCUCUGGCUUUGCCAAUGAGAUGGAGACAGCAACGGGUCUCGUCAUCGGUCAUGCCUACUCAGUGACCGCAGUUCGGAAACUACGCCUGGGAGAAAGGCUCAUCCUCUCUUUUAAGGCAGAAAAGCUCUUCAUGAUCAGGCUGAGGAAUCCCUGGGGGAAGAGGGAAUGGAACGGCGCCUGGAGCGACAAUUCUGAAGAGUGGAAGAAAGUCAGCAGUUCUGAAUGUAAGAGGUUGGGACUCACUGUUGAGAAUGAUGGAGAGUUCUGGAUGACGUUUGAGGAUUGGUGUAAAAAUUUCACUGAUGUGGACAUCUGCCGCAUAGUAAAUACCUCCUACUUCAGUAUCCACAAGACCUGGGAGAAGAAAAUGAUGCAGGGGGCUUGGACAAAGAAUUCAGAGCCCCUGUUAAAUCGUUCUGGUGGAUGCUUUGAUAACAGAGACACCUUCCUGCAAAACCCCCAGUACAUCUUUGAUGUUAAGAAGACCGAGGACAAAGUGUUGGUCUCAUUACAGCAGGAGGAUCGGCGCAGGUACAAGAAAGAGGGGAAAGGCGAGAGCAUCCCCAUUGGCUUCGAAAUCCUCAAGGUGGAGGAUAACAGACGCUACCGGCUACACAAGCUGACUGUGCAGGAGAGAGUGGCUACAUCUAUGUACAUCAAUACACGCACCGUGUUCCUAAAGAGGGUCCUUAAACAAGGCCGCUAUAUGCUUAUUCCAACUACGUACCAUCCUGGCAUCAUUACAAAGUUUAUCCUGAGACUCUUCACAGAUGUGCCAUCAAAACUCAGAGAGCUGAAGGCAGAUAAGCCCCAAAUGACAUGUUGGAGACUUCUGUGUGGCUAUCCGCGUAGAGUCACCCAAAUCAAAAUUCACUCUGCAGAGGGCUUACAGAAGCAAGACAGAUCAGGUGGAGCAGAUCCCUAUGUGCUUAUCAAGUGUGAGAAUCAGCAAGUGCGCUCCGUCGUUCAGCAAGACGCUACCAGUGCUGUCUUUGACACACAAGUGAUUUUCUACAGAAAAAACAUCGACAGUCCCAUCAUCAUCCAGGUCUGGAACAGCAAUGUCUUGUGUGACCAGUUCCUCGGACAGGCGCUGCUGGCAGCCUCACCCGGUGACCCCCGAGAAGAGCAGACUCUGCAGCUCCAAGGGAGAGGCAGCCGAGAAGCAGCCGAGGUGCCAGGUCGCAUCACCAUCAAGGUUUUCUCGAGCGAUGACCUCGUGGCGCUCUGAAUACCAAACCCUGCAGACCCAGACAGAGCUGUCACCUCACAGCGGGGGGGGCUUGUCUGGGCUUUCUGUGUGAAUGGCUCGGGAGCAAAGGUUGCA